AUGACAGCAGAAGCUAAAUCAUCAUCUUCAACUUCGAUAGAAGACGUUUCCAGUAUAGAAGAUUCAAUGUUUUCCUUACUUGAUACUCCAGUGAGUGAUGAGGACUCUUCUGAUUCUUUGGAAGCGAAGAAAGAAUUGAAAAAAUAUAGUAAUUGGCUAUUUAAGAAACAGCAAAAGUUUUACGUCGAUAAAUAUAGUAAGUUCUCAAUUCAAAUAUACUUAGCCAUGAGGUGGACGGACCAAAUCAGCGCGACAGACAGUAGAUGUCCCACUGCAAGAAAGCGCGAGAAAGUUGACCACCAAAAAGGAGUGGAGGCGAAUUAUCAAGUGGGUCACAAAACCAAAAUGAAACCAGUCUGGUGUAAAAUGGUGGACACCAGUCUUAUGCUAAGGACUCUA